GCUACUAUUAAUACAAGAGGCAACUAGUUGUGUCUUUAAGUGCAUGGUGCCAACGGGAAAGGCAUGUCAGGCAGGGCAGCUGCAAGCUCGGCCUGAAACAUGAGCACUCUUGAAACUCUACCUCUACUCCACUGACCCAGGCAGGCUGACUUCAGACUCUCAUCCGACCAUGCGGGUUGCGUCAAUGCCUGAAAUGCAACAGCUCCCUGGCAGCGGGGCAGAUCCUGCCACUGUGUUACUUGAAGCAGGGGAGAAAUUGCAUUUAUGCAUCUUUUUGGUAGCUGACUGCGGAAGACUGAACUCAACAGAUCCCUCUCGUGCCUGUGUCCUGGGUUACCCCAGUGGAAAGUGUUUGCAUUCCUCUGCAUGCUAAAUGAAGGUCUGGGGGGUUCCAAAUAGCUAUAAAAAGCACAAAAAUGUGAGAUGACGUUUCCCAAGGACGCCUCCCAACAGAGCCCAUUGGGGUGGGAGAAUCCUCCCUGAACUAGGAUUUCCGUGCACAGCACACUUCCAAGUGUUGCACUCCCAAAGUUUUAGGCAGGAUAGUGUACCCUUUGUGACAUAUGAAGCUGAAUCCUAGUGCCUCGUUUAGCUUUAUCCCUUCUCAUCACCACUAUCUGCCUGUGCAGAGCUUUACCUCGUGCCCCUUGGUCUGAAAUGCCCCACGGGUUGGAGCUCCCUGGAGCCAGGGGAGGCUGUGCUGCAGGGCCUGGAAAGCAUUUCUCGAGAACCAGCCUCUCUUCUUUUGCCAAGUCCCUGCCACUGCUACAGGCCACAGUGGGAGAAGGGGGUGACCUUUUUCCUUUUUUGUGCUGGGUGAAAGUCACUCUUGCAGGAGCGCAGAGCGGUGCAGAGCCCCACGCGAGGCUGCAGCUCACCGUGAUAAGCUGGUUGUUUUCCCUUCUCCUAUCCCCUCCUUGCGCUGUGCCGGGCUUAUCUGGGCGCCUGAGUUAUGUUAAGUAGCGGGUGCGUGCUUGCUCUCUGUUCUCCUCGCUGCUUUUGCUCCUUGGAUUUCAAUUCCAAACAUGGUUAUCCAUUUGGGGUCUCUCUCCUUUCCGCUGCCAAGUGAUACACAUUCCACACUCGGCACCAGCUCCCUCCACUGCUCGCUCUCUCUUUCCAUUUGCCGGAGGGCAGGCGAGAGAGGCAGCGCAGCGAGAUCUCUGUCCUGCCUGCGAGUUUUACGGCUAAUGGCCUCUACUCUUUCUUUGACUGUGCUCUUUUGGCCUCUUGUUUGCCAGCUCCUUUUCUCACCGGUGUGGCUAAGGAGAGAGACAGCUGCUGGUUUGUGAGCCACAAAGAGGAGAAAAGAGCACUUUUGGGAUUUUUUGGGUGCAAAAACGUUCGGCAGCGCUUUAACAUGUCACUCUGAAGCGCGCUGCUGUGGGACCUGCCGACGCUCAAGAGGAGGAGGAGGAACAGCUACCCAGCAGCUCUGGUUUCAGACCUCUGCAGCACCCUUUGUGUAUGACAAUUCCUUCUGAGCACAGGAAGGCCAGGGAGGGUGGGGAGUGGGGAAGGAUGAGCGCAAGCAGCCUCUCUUGGGACCAGGCUGUUCUCCAGCCUCCAGUGUGUGAUGCCUGGAAGGAGGUUAUGGAGGGAGCAGCCUACCACCUGGCCAGCUGCAUCGUCCUCCUGGGUUACAUGGGGGGAAGCGGCAUCUUCGGGUCCCUCUAUAUCUUUGGCCUCCUGGCCCCAGGCUACUUCUGCUAUGCCCUGUGGGGCUGGCUGAGCGCCUGUGGGCUGGAUAUCUUCAUCUGGAACAUGCUGCUCGUCCUUGCCUGCUUGCUUCAGCUGGCUCACCUGGUUUACCGGCUCCGCAGAGACACCAUCCCAGAAGAGUUUGACCUCCUCUACAAGACCAUGUACCUGCCCUUGCAGGUGCCCCUGGACGUCUACAAAGAAAUCGUGAAGUGCUGUGAAGAGCAAGUGCAGUCACUAGUCAGAGACCAGAAUUACGCGGUGGAGGGCAAGACGCCCAUUGACCGCCUCUCGUUGCUGCUGUCUGGCAGGGUCCGGGUGAGCCAGGAUGGACAAUUCCUUCACUACGUCUUUCCGUUCCAGUUCCUGGACUCUCCAGAAUGGGAGUCGCUGCGACCCUCUGAGGAAGGAACUUUCCAGGUCACGCUGACAGCUGAGACUGACUGCAGCUUCAUCACCUGGCCGAGGAAGAAGCUCUAUCUCCUCCUGAGGAAGGACCGCUACAUUGCCCGGCUCUUCUCCUCCCACCUGGGCUACGACAUCUCAGAGAAGCUUUACUCCCUCAAUGAGAAGCUCUUCGCCAAGUUUGGCCUUCGCUUUGACAUUCGCUUGCCCAGUCUCUACCACGUCCUCGGGCCACCCUCCUCUGAGGGGGAGCCGGAGGACUGUGAGGAGCUGCCGCUGCCUGCCUCUGGCCAGGCUGAUGCCUCUGAGCCCCCUCCACAGCCACCACCGCCACCACCGCCAGCUCCGCGCCCCCGAGCAUCCCGGCCCGACAGUGACCUGCUGGGUGAGGACUCCACCAGUCUUGUCUUGGAAGAUUUUGCUGAGUUGCCGGGGUCUUUUAUGGACUAUGUGAGCGAAGGGGAGUAUAUGAAGUGAGGGCACUCCUGGCAUAGGCACGCCUCACCCUGUGUGGGACCCCUGCCCUCUGGAAACCUUCUCCGGAGUUCUCCCCACACUCCCUGCAAAGGACGAGCCCCUCUGGCUCCCACUCAGACCCCUGAACUCUAGGGAACAACAGGCCAUUUUAAUCCCAAAGCCCUUCCAGGGGACCGUAUGCUCACCCAAGUUUCUGACCAGAGAAACACUCUUUAGCACGCACUGAGACAUCUGCCUGCAGACAAGUACACUCAGGAGCACGUGAAACACAUGUGUGAGACUGCGGUGUGACACUCCAGCACCUCCCACCCAAUGGCUGUUCACCAGAGCUGCCUGCCCCAGUGUGCUCCCAUGGUUUGUUUUCUAGUCCUGCCUCUCUGAGGUGUGUCGGCAGCUCUGAUACCAAGGUACACCGGUAUCACUGCAAGUGAUACCAGCCUGCUCGCAGAAUCUGUGUUCCCUUUGAUUUAAUGAUUUCCA